UCCAGCGGUAGCAGAGCAGAAUGGGAGCUCCAGUUGUCACUUUCCAUUUAAACACUUGAUAGACGGCAAGUUAUCGGCUAGAGAUGGGAAAGGGUUGUAAAGUCGUGGUGUGUGGCCAGGCAGCUGUAGGAAAAACUGCAAUACUGGAACAGUUGCUAUACGGAAAUCACACUGUAGGCUCUGAGUCCAGUGAGACCCAGGAGGACGUGUACGUGGCCUCGGUGGAAACUGACCGCGGCGUGAAGGAACAGCUGAGACUGUAUGAUACCAAAGGACUGCACGAUGGACAAGACCUCCCCAAGCACUACUACUCGGUGGCAGACGGCUUCGUGCUCGUCUACAGCGUGGACAGCUUGGAGUCUUUCAAGAGGGUGGACGUCCUUAAGAAGGAAAUAGACAAGUCCCGAGAUAAAAAAGAGGUGACCGUCAUAGUCCUGGGGAACAAGACGGACCUGCGGGAACGGCGUCAGGUGGACCAGGAGGUGGCGCAGCAGUGGGCGCGAGGCGAGAAGGUGAAGCUGUGGGAGGUGAGCGUGUCCGAGCGCAACACCCUCAUCGAACCCUUCACCCAGCUGACCAGCCGCCUCACGCAGCCUCAGAGCAAGUCUUCCUUUCCCCUCCCGGGACGCAAGAGCAAAGGCACCCCGUCCAACGACAUGUGAAACUCCUGAAGAUACACUCACUCACCUCCCGCUCCUGUUAACAACCAGUCUGCAUUCACCUCAUGUGGGAAUAACCAGCAGGACAGUUUAAACCUAGACUUUAGGUUUACACCGUCCAUAAUCCACAGUUUGGUUGUUUCUAUGUAGAUUAUUACCACAACACUCAUAUCAUUCCCAGUGUUUACUUCAUUUUAAAGGCUAGUUCACCAUUUUGGAAAAUUAUCCUUUAUUUGUUUUCUUUCAGCAAGAUGGGAUUGAUACCAACACUCCAGCUGUGUGUUGAGUACACAGCUGGAGUCAGGAUGUGGUUAUCUUAGCGUAUCUUAGCUUAGCAUAAAGACUGGAAGCAGAGGGAAACGGCUUGUUUGGCUCCGUCCAAAGUUCAAAACUACACCAACCAACACCUCUAAAGCUAACACACAUUGUAUGCCAAUGUUUAACCAGUACAUAAAUAGGAAUGUAAAAAUGUGUGGUUAUGGGGGGGAGUUGAAUGCCGUUUAUACAGUCUCCAGCUGAUGAUAAGACCUCAGGAAGUUGCUCUCGUUGUAGUUCGGUUGGGAAUGAAAAUGUAUUACCCUCGAGGAAGUUACAAGUUGUAACUUUUUAUUGGUGAUAAAACAUCCAACAGAAGUGAAUGUACACAGCCACUCAAAGUCCUGUUGUCAUAGUGAUAUUGCCAAGUUUGGUAGAAGCUUACCUUUACAUUAACUAUAUCUGACAACCUGUGCUUUAGCCACAAACAAAUGGUGGGCGGAUUGAUAAAGUCAUAAAAUAGUUCCAACGCAUAACUGCCUGUAAAACUACAAAUGAUCCUUUUUUACAUUUGUGUGUGUGAAAGUUAAAGAAAAUAGAUACAGCGUGUUAAUCAACAAGCUUGAGAGGUGUUUGUUAUUCGUAUUUGUUCAUUUUGUACAGAGCCAGGCUAGCAUGUCUUUAUGCUAAGCUAGGCUAACCACGUCCUGCUGUACUUAACGGCAACAUAUUGAUGAUGCUCGUCUUAGAAUUUCUAAAGAGGAAUCCCCAAAAUGUUGAACUACUCCACUGAGGAUGCUUGUAUUAGCUCAUCAACACUACAGCGUCAUCCGCAAACCCAAAAAAUGCUAAUCUGACAUUUUCAUAUUUAACAAAAAUACAUUGUUAUUUUGUCGCAGCAAACAAAGCAAAACUUCUGUCUCUAGCUGGCCAAUGAAAAGGUUUUCUUGUUGCUGUUUAGCAUGUAGCAUGGCUGAGAGAUUUAGUACCAAAGAUUUGAGACUACCCACGCACAGAUCUACAUUCACUCACUCUUUUCACUUCAUUCCUAAAACCUUUGACUUCGCUCACAGUGUUUUCUGAUAGCUUUUAAAGCCCUGCACUUCUUUCCCAGCUGACGUGAAUGCAGCAUUUCUUCUUUGUCCUCUGGCAGGAUUCGGCUAGCCUUUGUCCGGUCCAUCUCAUAUAUCAAGUAUGGCCUGGCAGCAAUAACGUUCAUGGUACGGCCUUUACUUGUGAUGUAUGAUUUCACGAUGUCUGUCUUGACAUUAGUUGCACUCCUGUGUGUGUUGUCCAGCCUGUAUAUAAUCCAAAUAGGGCUACUAGUUGAAGCAGUGUGUGGGUGUAUGUAUGCCUUUUUAACAGUAGAAACGUCAGUGUCCAGAGGAAAUAUUUAUUUUUUAAACUAAUUUAUUUUCGUCACUUUAAUGAGCCAUUCCUUGACUUUUGAAAAUGGUAGAACAAUGUGAAGAAGGAGGAUUGACGAUUCGAAGGUUUAUGUCCUUAUAUUUCAAGAAUAAUAAAUGUUUAAUGUGCUGCUAAUAGAACAGAGGAGUCAUGCUAACCUUUAAGUAUUUUCUGCUCUGUAACUCUUGUCUUAAGAUCCACUGAAUAAAAUGUAGCUUCUUCAUAUUAAAAAGACCCUUGUUGAA